UUUGCCUGUUUGAGAUCGCGUAGAAUUUCGGAUGAAUUCCUUUGAUUGUAACGUUGCAUGUAAAUUAAAGAAGUCUUUUUUCGCCAAAGACAGUGUUAGAUAUUCAUACUGUGGUUAAAUUUCGCCUGUGAUUGUUAAAAAAGAGUGUAAAAGUGCGAAACUUGAAGUGAUUCAGUUUGAGAUCAUUGUGCGGUUCCGACGGAAGAUGGUGAGAGGCAGUCGCGAAAUAUAGUCGACCAGUCGGACUAGUCGAAGUUCAUAAUGGCCGAUGGUUGACUCUUGUUAGAUAAAUAUGUGCCUUGUGAGAUGCAUCGACUCUCGAACACUCGGUACAUCGACUGUUUGGCGCCGUUUCUUUUAUAUUUUUGCAUAUAAAUCAUGUGUUUUGUGCUCAAGUCGCGAUAAAUAGUGGAUUACAGUGCUGUUAGUUUGGUCAGCCGCAGCAUUGGGCCAGUGCUUCGGCUUUGGCUUGGUAAACAGCAGACUGCACCGAUUUUGCUAUGGCUGAUCAUCUCGUAGAUGGGCCGCCAAAUGCCAAAAGGCAAAAAUUGGACCCUUUUCAAGGGCCAUCGGACUCCACUGCUUUCAACUAUGGCUUGGGGUCCACACAGACGUCAAUGGGUGGUGGUGUUUCGAAUCCAAGGCACCAAUGGAACUAUAGCCAGCAAAAUGUGCUUUCAAAUAUGGACAUGUUUGAUUUGGAAAAUGACCUGCCCAACGAGCUUUUGGGGCCGAGCUCAUCUUGGGGUCUAUCUGACAACAUGGGCAAUACCAAACCACCUGCUCAGGGUCCGGGACCGGGUGGAUUGCCCAAUGGCAUCGAAAUUACGGACAGUAAUAACUUGAGGCAGAUGCAGCUCAACCACCUCCUUCAGCAACAGGGUAACAAGGGAUUAGUUGGAAAUGCACUUGCUUUGGCAGACGGUCAGUUGGGCAACAAGAGCCCUAACCUUCAGUCUCCUCCAAACGUAUCGGUGGCGAAAGGCGGUGUGGUAGAUCAAAUGAACCUGGGCAGUCUGCCGUCAAGCGUAUCGAACAAUUCAGGUCUUCAAUCCAUGGCCAACAACGGCGGUUCUCCCCAAGUUAUGAGUUCUAUUCAGGGUAUCAGUAAUAGCGCGGGCAACAUGAUAAUGACUAGCAGCAACAUAAGCACAAUGGGGGGCAUGGCGGGCGGCGGUCUGGUGGUCAGCAGCAGCGUGAACAAACCCCUGAACAACGCGAACAUGUUCACGCCUGGCCAUCCCCAGCAUCCUGGCAACCACAACGUGCCACAGGGCCUCCCCAACGGUCCGAUGAUAAACCGUGUGAACAUGCCCAUGAACCAGAGGGGUGCCGGUUCAAUACAUAUGGGACCACGACUGCAGGGGCCCCAGCUCUGUGGACCUCAAGGAAUGCCUGGGAAUACUCCCUACUCGUACCCUAAUCCGAACGCCAGACCGCAGGGGGUUCAAGUUGCUCCCCCAGGGGUAGUAACUCCCCAACCGAAGUUAAACAUGCCAAAUCAGUGCCCGAGGUUCGGAGCGCCGCAAUCCGGGCCUGGAGGUCCGACGGGCUGUGGCGGCGAGGGGGGUAUCGUUCAGACGCAGCCACCAGCGCCUUCUCCUGCACAGCCUCAGUCUGGCGUGCCCAGCGGAUCUCAAUCCGGGCCACAGCAGGCAACGCAAAACCAAGGGGCGCCUUCAGGCGCUCCCCCGGCACCCUCGACAGCAGACCCAGAGAAGCGCAAGCUAAUCCAGCAGCAACUUGUUCUCCUGCUGCAUGCGCAUAAGUGCCAACGGAGGGAGUCUCAAGCCAAUGGGGAGGUGUGGUCAUGCACGCUACCCCACUGCAAGACCAUGAAGAAUGUCCUCAAUCACAUGACGACCUGCAAUGCCGGCAAGAGCUGUUCCGUGGCGCAUUGCAGUUCGUCGAGGCAGAUCAUUAGCCACUGGAAGAACUGCAUCCGGACGGACUGUCCCGUCUGCCUACCGUUGAAGCAGGCGGACAAGAAUAGAAAUAAUCCAAAUGCAACCUCAAAUCCACCACCGAAUAAUCAAUCGCCCAACCCUUCAGCAACCGAUAUGCGGAGGGCAUAUGACGCCCUGGGCAUCCAGUGCCCCACCACGGCGACAGGUCCCACUCCCGCCGGCCUUAUUCCCAAUCCUGCUGCCCAACCGAGGCCCGGUAUCAGGCUACCAAUCAACGCGGCGCCCAACAUACCUAAUCUAGGUAACAGCAUGCAGGGCGUUCGUGUACUUGCGCCUCCUAUCUCGGCCGCCCCAAACGUCAGCCUGCCUCUAAGUAGCGACCCCACCUCCAACGCCAUACAAGCCCAGGGAGUCAACCAGACGGCGGCCAACCUGCAGCAAAGCGUCAACAGCGUCAUGUUUGGUUUGGCGAGUGGCGCCGAGGCCGCCAACCAGGGCUUGGUUAGUCAAUUACCGGGCGGCUUACAGCCAGGCCAGGUGACUGCUUCUCCAGUGACCGGCACCAAGGAGUGGCACCAGUCCGUCACACCCGACCUCAGGAAUCACCUUGUUCACAAAUUAGUGCAGGCAAUUUUCCCCACACCAGAUCCCCAGGCAUUGCUCGAUAAGAGAAUGCACAACCUAGUGGCGUACGCCAGGAAGGUGGAAGGGGAUAUGUACGAGAUGGCCAAUUCGAGGUCGGAGUACUAUCACCUGUUAGCGGAGAAGAUAUACAAGAUUCAGAAGGAAUUGGAAGAGAAGAGGCAGAAAAGGAAGGAGCAGCAGCUGCAGCAGCAACACACUCAGCAGCAGCCCAUCAGACAAGGUUUAGUGGCGAGGCCGCCUGGUUCCAUUCUACCCUGCCCGCCACAGCAACAGCCGGGUCAACCCCAAGCGGGACUAAGAAGUAACUCCCCCAGCAUACCAGGGCUCGGAGUACUCAAUCCCACCACCAACCGACUCAUCUUCCCUGUCCAACCACAACAACAACAACAACCUACCAUGCAACAAAACGUCCCGCAAUCCCAACCUCAACCAAACGUGGUCGGGCUACCAGGACCCAGCCCAACGACCUCCAACACGGGCCUGUCGCCAUUCGGCAACCCGCUGUCUCAAGGUAGCACCACCACCACCCCCACCAACCAAUUCCCUACCGCAAGCAACGGGCCCGUCAGUCUACCACAAGUAUCCCCCGCCGGUCAGAAUUCCCAACCCAAUCAGUUCAGUGACAUGCUGAAGACGAACAGGAUAUCGCCUUCUCCUUCCAGUUUCGUCCAGCAACAGUCCCAACAGCAGCCUCAGCCCGGUAUGCCGCAGGCCAACCAACAAGGCACCGCCCAGAAUGGCGCACCUCGAAUACCCAAUUCGACGGCGGAAUCCGUGACGACUCCGUUGCCGACCACGUCGGGGCCCAAGUCUGUUAGUUCUUCCAGGGGAGCGUCACCGGCUCCUGCCACACCUGUGCAGUCUUCUCCGGCAGCAGUCGCGGCAGCCAGUAUGGGUAAGGGCAUGAGCAGUGCAGAACGAGCAGCUCUUAACGCACCCAGGCAGUCAUCAUUAUCGUCCCAGAUGGCGGCUAUUGUAGCGGCUGACAGGGAGGAGGAUUCUCCCUCGCCGCCCUCGGGCGGCAACAAAGGCAAACUGGAGCAGAUGAAGAUGGAGACGGACAUUAAACAAGAAGACGGAGAAAUGAAUGACUUCCAGAGCGACGGCCAUGGCGGCAAGGGCAUCAAGAACGAGAUUAAGACAGAGAUAAAGACGGAGAUUACAUCGGAACCCAUGGAAGAGGGAGGUGCCUCCAUUAAGGAGGAACCGGGCUUGAUUAAGGAGGAACCGAACGCUUCUGAUGGCUCCGGGGACAUUAAACCUCAAAUAACGGACGGUGCCAGUGCUGCCGGACCCGGGGGAGAGAGGAAACACAAGAUAUUCAAGCCUGAUGAGCUGCGUCAGAAGCUCAUGCCCACCUUAGAGAAACUAUUCAGGCAAGACCCGGAAAGCAUACCCUUUAGGCAGCCCGUCGAUCCCCAAAGCCUGGGCAUCCCCGAUUACUUUGAUAUCGUGAAGAGGCCGAUGGACCUGUCAACGAUAAAGCGGAAACUGGACAUCGGCCAGUACGCAGACCCCUGGGAGUACGUGGAUGACGUGUGGUUGAUGUUUGACAAUGCUUGGUUAUACAACAGGAAGACCAGCAGGGUGUACAGGUAUUGCACUAAGUUGUCGGAGGUUUUCGAGCAGGAGAUCGAUCCUGUGAUGCAAUCGAUGGGUUACUGCUGUGGCAGGAAGUAUACCUUCAAUCCUCAGGUGCUGUGCUGCUACGGGAAGCAGCUAUGUACCAUUCCCAGGGAUGCCAAGUACUACAGCUACCAGAACAGUCUAAAGGCGUAUGGGCUCGGCUCCGACAGAUACACCUUCUGCCAGAAGUGCUUUAACGAUAUACAAGGGGACACCGUCACGCUGGGUGAUGAUCCGACCCAGGCACAAACUGCAAUAAAGAAAGACCAGUUCAAAGAAAUGAAGAACGAUCACUUAGAGAUGGAGGCCUUCGUCCAUUGCACAGACUGCGGUAGGAAGCUCCACCAGAUCUGCGUGCUGCAUAUCGAGGCGAUAUGGCCCCAAGGUUUCACCUGCGACGAGUGCCUCAAGCUCAAGGGACAAAAACGGAAAGACAACAAGUUCAAUGCGAAACGCUUGCCCGUCACCAACCUCGGCAUCUACAUCGAGAACCGCGUCAACAUCUUCCUUAAAAAGAAAGAGGCUGGGGCAGGCGAAGUGUCGAUCAGGGUAGUGUCUAGCUCGGAGAAGGUCGUUGAGGUAAAACCGGGCAUGCGCGGCAAAUUCGUAGAGACCGGCGAGCUGGCAGGCGAGUUUCCUUACCGUGCAAAGGCUCUAUUUGCUUUCGAGGAGAUUGACGGUGUGGACGUUUGUUUUUUCGGUAUGCAUGUCCAAGAAUACGGAUCGGAGUGUCCUCCUCCCAACACGAGGCGCGUCUAUAUAGCAUACUUAGACUCAGUGCAUUUUUUCAAGCCGAGACAGUUCAGGACUGCCGUUUAUCAUGAGAUAUUGUUGGGUUACAUGGACUAUGUGAAACAGUUGGGGUACACGAUGGCCCACAUAUGGGCGUGCCCCCCCUCGGAGGGCGACGACUAUAUAUUCCAUUGCCAUCCAGUGGACCAAAAGAUACCGAAACCUAAGAGAUUGCAAGACUGGUAUAAGAAGAUGUUAGAUAAGGGCAUCAUCGAGAGGAUAGUACUAGAUUAUAAGGAUAUUCUUAAACAAGCAAUGGAGGACAACUUAAGGUCAGCCGCGGAUCUUCCUUAUUUUGAGGGAGACUUUUGGCCAAACGUUUUAGAAGAAAGUAUCAAGGAAUUAGAUCAGGAAGAAGAAGAGAAGCGGAAGCAAGCAGAAGCCGCAGAGGCUGCUAUAUUUUCUUCAAUGGAGGAGAGUGAAGUGGGUCCCGAUGGGAAGAAGAAGGGCCAGAAAAAAGCCAAGAAGAGCACCAAGUCAAAGGCGAAUCAGAGAAAAAACAGCAGCAAGAAGUCAAACACUCCUCAGACAGGUAAUGAUCUAUCGGCGAAGAUCUUCGCCACAAUGGAAAAGCAUAAGGAGGUGUUUUUCGUUAUCAGGUUGCAUUCUGUGCAGUCUGCCGCAAGCUUGAAGCCCAUUCACGAUCCAGACCCAUUCAUUAACUGUGAUCUCAUGGAUGGACGAGAUGCGUUCCUCACAUUGGCUCGUGAGAAACAUUACGAGUUUUCUUCGUUACGUCGUGCCAAGUACAGCACCAUGUCCCUGUUAUAUGAGCUGCAUAACCAAGGCCAGGACAAGUUCGUCUACACCUGCAAUAGCUGCAAAAAGCAUGUUGAGACUCGCUACCACUGCACCUUCUGUGAGGACUUUGACCUGUGCGUGCAGUGCUACGAGAAGGAAGGCCACCCGCACAAGAUGGAGAAGCUCGGUCUGGACUUGGACGAUGGCAGCUCGCCUAGCGAGAGCAAAGCCAAUCCAGGAGAAGCGAGGAAAUUAUCGAUACAGAGGUGCAUCCAGUCCUUGGUGCACGCGUGUCAGUGCCGAGAUGCCAACUGCCGCCUGCCCAGCUGCCAGAAGAUGAAGCGUGUGGUGCAGCACACGAAGGUGUGCAAGCGCAAAACCAACGGCGGCUGCCCCAUCUGCAAGCAGCUCAUAGCGUUAUGCUGCUACCAUGCCAAACACUGCCAGGAGACCAAGUGCCCCGUGCCCUUCUGCUCCAAUAUCAAACACAAGCUGAAGCAGCAACAGUUGCAGCAGAGGUUGCAGCAGGCGCAGUUGUUGAGAAGGAGGAUGGCUGUCAUGACGAGGACGGCGCCCACGGCCAACGCCCUACCGGGCACCAACAACGUGCCGAUGAGCGGAACGGGAGUGCAACCUGUGGUGCCGGGCGCUGUCAGUCCCGCCAAUCCCAUGACCACAGGCCUACCCAAUCCAGCUAUGGGAAUACAGUCGCCGCACCAGCCGGGUAUCGGGUUGAAACCCGGCACCCAGACACCACCAGCCAAUGUCCUCCAAGUAGUGAAGCAGGUACAGGAAGAGGCGGCGAGACAGCAAGCGCCCCACGUUGGUUAUGGAAAAGUCAAUCCCAACCAAGUGCCUGGUCAGAACAUGCCACCACCCCAGAUAAGAACCAUCGGUCAUUUGGGGGCUGGGCAAGGCGGCAAUCUUCUGCCGAUGGAACAGUGGCAGCAGAGGUACCCCGGUGGCGUGGCGCCAGGCAUCCGCCAGCAAGUGCCGCAGGUGCUGCCAUCGGGUCAGAUGGGCCAGCCCAUGCAGCCUAACCAGGCGGGUGUAAGGCCUGGCACCGCCCCCAUCAAUACUCCUGGCAACAUGAUGCAGAAGCAGGCAUUGCAGCAGUUACUGCAGACGCUGCGGUCGCCCCAGUCCUCCGAACAACAGCAGCAGAUCCUGUCGAUACUCAAGACUAACCCGCAACUCAUGGCCGCCUUCAUCAAGCAGAGACAGCAAGCACAGCAGAUGCAACAGGCAGGAGGGGGUACUCCGCCGCAACAGCAGCUGCAGCAUAUCCUCAACACACAGCAGCAGAACCCGGCAGCUCAACAGCACCCCGCCGCCCGUAUGCAGAUCCCCGGCAGUAUGAUGAACCAGCCCAACCAAGGUCCGGGGCCUGGUCAACCCAUGACGCAACAGCAGCAGUGGUAUAAGCACCAGCAGCUGAUCGCCAUGCAGCGUCAACAGCAGGCGCAGCAACAACAGCAAGCCGCCCAGCAGCAGCAGCAGCAGCAGGGGGGCUUUCAGCAGCCGGGUGCCUGUCCUUCGUACCAGCAGAGGCUGCCUGCCAUCCGGCAGCCGCACAUGGGUUAUAACAACUCGUUCGCUGAUCAGCAGUACCCGCCCAUGCAGGGUUUGAAACCGACGCCGCCACCCGUACCCUCGCCUCAGGGAGUAAUGGGACCACCCCAGGGCCAGGGCAUAUCGGUACAACAGCAGCAGCAGCUGAUGCAGAGCGUGAGGAGUCCACCGCCUAUCAGAAGCCCACAGCCCAGCCCAUCCUCCAGGACAGCACCGAGCCCGCGCAACCAGGCCGUGCCGAGUCCUCGCGGGCCCCAACCCUCACCCCACGAUCUCGCCACCUCGGAGAUGCUCCUGAGUCAGAAUCACUCGAAUGCGCUGCACCCGCACGCCUCCCCCGCCGGGGCGCCCAAUCAAGACGCCUCGGGUAACGACGUCACCCCCAUGACACCCCAAGACCAGCUCAGCAAGUUCGUAGAGCAGCUCUAGUGGUGCCGUGCGCUGCUCGCCAGCCGCCUCGGCUCGGACUGAUCGCGCGACGUCGUCAAUAGACACUCGGACUCGUGACACAUGUAAAUAUUAGUGUAGCAUAUUUUGAAUAUUAUUAUUAUAGAAGCGGACUCUGUAAAAUGUAUUGAUUGAUUAAUUUUAAAAAAAUGUACAUAUGUUUGAUAGCGCCUCUGUACCAUAUUAUAUAUAUACAUAUUAUAUAUAAAUAUUAUAUAUAAUUUUUAGUGAAUUAUACUUGAGAGUGAAGUAAGUAAUCAAGAUGCCCAAAAGUAUUUAUGGCUUCGCGAGGCUGUGUUUAGAUUAACAACGGAUCGUCGUUACCCGCGGGUCGACUCGCUCCCCUCUGGCACGGCUGCGCUACUGUUGCUCGUUUGUUUUUUUUACGCCCGCGCGCAUACACGCACUGUAUCAUUAUAUCAGAGUAAUCGUGCGACGACUCUUUCUACGAAUCGUGGUGAUGCUGUGUACAAAGUUAGCAGUAAAUUAAAAAAAUUUUUACCGAGAGACUGUUUUUAGUGUCGCGUCGUCGGUAGCUAUUGUGAUGGCGGCCGUAGGGGCCCCUCUUUGUUUUUAUAUUAUAAUAUAUUUAUAAUUUAUAUAUCGUCUUCUUGUUUUUUCAUGUGUUUUUUACAUUCCACGAAGUGUGGGGUGCGGUGCUGGCGCAAACGACAAUCUUGACCCACGCCAGUGCAAUAACUUAUACAACAUCCCUCCUAAUUUAUUACUGAACAUACAUCAAGUAGAUUAAUUAGUGUUAAGGAUUAUAUAAAAGAGAAAUAAACAAUAUUUGAAAAAA